AUGAGCUCCUCCUCGAAGCUCUUCCAGUCCGCCUGCAAGGCCGCCAGGUCCUUCCUCGCCUCCUCCUCCGCCCCCGCCGCCGCCCCGCGCGCCGCCUCCUCCGUCCUCGCAGCAGACGGGAGGAACGCCGCGCUCGCCACCCUCGCCAACCUCGGCAGGAACUCCACCCUCCCAGCCGCAUACGCCCACCACCUCCACACCAACGCCGCCGCAUCCUCCCACGCCUACGCAUGGCUCGCCGCCAUCCCCGCCGCAGUCUACAUGCUCCAGGAUCAGGAGGUGCAUGCUGCCGAGAUGGAACGCACCUUCAUCGCCAUCAAGCCUGACGGCGUCCAGAGAGGCCUCAUUUCUGAGAUAGUGUCCCGAUUUGAGAGAAAAGGAUACAAGCUUGUUGCCAUCAAGCUGGUGGUUCCAUCCAAGCAGUUCGCCGAGAAGCACUACCAUGAUCUCAAGGAAAGGCCUUUCUUCAAUGGACUGUGCGACUUCCUCAGCUCCGGUCCCGUGCUUGCCAUGGUAUGGGAAGGAGAGGGCGUUAUCAAGUACGGGAGGAAGCUGAUCGGUGCCACGGACCCAUCGAAAUCUGAGCCAGGAACCAUCAGGGGUGACCUUGCUGUUGUUGUUGGAAGGAACAUCAUCCACGGGAGCGAUGGCCCGGAGACAGCCAAGGACGAGAUCGCGCUCUGGUUCCAGCCCAAGGAGCUGGUCUCUUACACCAGCAACGAGGAGAAGUGGAUCUACGGUGUGAACUAA